AUGGACCGGGUGCCUAACAUGUCGCUCACGAAAGGUGAAAAUGUCCUCUCCGAGCACACCAACGAGGAUUCCAGGAAUGAUGCCAAUAAAACUUCGACGGAAGUUGUCUUGCCACAAGAACAGUUGAGAGACUGGGACUUUGCACAAUCGAACAAUCAUGAAAGUCCAGUAUCCCCGCAUAAUAGGCUGGUUUCUCUACCAGACGAGCACUCUGCCACCCCUGAUAAUGCGCCAGAUAUUACCAGUCAUGUAUCUCCUCAGAACUUUCCUACCGAGUAUAGGUUACCAUCCAACGCGACGCCCUCUUCCGCCAAGCCUGUCACGGAGACCGCGAACGAAGGAGCUCACGCCCUUCUGUCCAUGAGAAACCACGAUUUAGAGCCCAGCACUACAGUGUCCAGCUCUUCGUAUUGUUUAUCCGAGCACUCGCCCGAGGAAUGGACUCCGAAUACCAUAGCCUCGCCCAUAGGCGUGGGCGUGCUAGCAGCUUCGGACGAACUCGCUCCUCCGGGACUGCUAACUUCCAAGGUAGAAGCAGACCUGCUCCGCAAAUUCAGCACGGAAGUAGGAACCUGGAUGGACCUCUCUGACCUCUCUGAAACAUUCGCAAAGAAAGUCUGCCGGCUCGCUGUGAAAGACCCACUCCUCAAAGCAGCUAGCAUUGCCUGUGCUGCAAAGCAGCAAUUCCUCAUCGGAAAGCUCCAGGACGGCAUGCAGAUAGCGCGAAAGAAUUAUAAUACCGCCAUCUCGCUUCUUAUUAAUCGGCUGGGCAACCUGGAUCAACCGUUUGCGGACUACGGGUUUGCUGCGACGGUCAUAUGCUCCUGUUAUGAAAUGCUGGACGCGCCGACUUCCGAUUGGCAGAGGCAUCUAGAUGGGGUCUUCUCUUUUGGGAGGGUGCAUCGAGUGAAUGGGUCGUCCGGGGGCAUUGCACAGGCGGGAUUUUGGUCGAUCGCGCGGCAGGAAGUGGUCUGCGCGAUUAUCAAUAGAUCCACGCUGAGACUCGAUCCCGACUUUUGGGCAGUGGACCUUGAUCAUAUUGGACAGGAAGGCAGUGAGGACUUGGUGAAUAAUCAAGUUCUCACGAUUCUUGCCAAGGUGGUGAAUUUCAUGGCCUGCCCAGAAGGGAGCUCCGUCAAGGGCAAGGGCUACAUGGAUCCUGUUUCUGAGUUUGAGGAGGACGGUCAAGUAUUCCGAACCAUUUGGUUUGCCAGAAGCGUUUGCGCCUCGUCCUGGCAGAUGUUCCACCUGGCCCAGAUCUUUCUCUUGACCACCAGUCCUUCCCAGGACUGCAGCUGCGUGCUGGCUUUUCGCAAAAUCGAAACCAAACUCCUCUACCAUGCCAGACAGAUCUGUGGAAUUGCUCAAACCGAUCUAUUAUGGUCUGUGCUCAUGUACCCCGACUUGGGCGCCUUCCGCGCUAACCAUGAAUUUUUGGCAGCCGGGUGUUGUUUUAGCGACCCCGAUGAGAGAAAAGCGGCCGUCCGGCUGUUGGAGGAUAUUGAAGACGAACUGGGCUGGGCAGCUAAAUAUCGGGCGCGAGAUCUCCAGGAAGCGUAG